AUGGACCCCCCAGAAGACACCGACACCAACGACACCCCAACCGAACAAACCACCCUCCUUCCCCAAGAUGCCCCCUCCUUCCAAGACCAAAAACCCUCUUCAUCCGCACUAUGGCCAACCCUCGUAACAGUCGCCUCCCUCACCCUCCUCUUCACCAUGGGCGUACAAAUCACCACCGCGCCCUCGCUCGCCAUUCUCCAGGGGAUCAUCUGCAAAAAGUACUAUGAGAAGGGAAUCAUCGACUCUUUGAGCUUGGGAAAAGGAUUGCCGACCAGCUUUGAAGGACUGCCGACGAACUUUGAAGAUGAUAAGUGUAAAGUGGGGCCGGUGCAGAGUGAGGUUGCCGAGGUGAAUGCUUGGAAGGAUGUGUUUGAGAUAUUACCUGCCGUCGCCCUCGCCAUCCCCUGGGGCAUCCUAACCGACCGCAUCGGACGCAAAAAAGUCCUGCUCCUCGCUUUAUUGGGGUGUCUACUAAACGAAGCAUGGGUUCGUCUCGUCUACUACUUCCCCAACUUCUUCCCCAUCCGCGCCGUCUGGUUCGGCGGCCUCUUCCAACUCCUCGGCUCAGGCAGCACCACCUUCACCAGUAUUGUCUAUGUCCUCAUCGCCGACGUCUGUCCCGCCGAGCAACGCUCCACCUUCUUCAGCUACCUCCUUGCUGCGUCCAUCGUCUCGCGGUUUCUCUUUGUGCCUAUUGGUGGUGCUUUGAUUGCCUAUGAUGAUGCGUGGCUUGCCAUGUGGAUUGGUCUUUUGGUUCAGGUGGUGGGGUAUGUCGUUGCUGUUGUUUUUGUGGAGGAGACUUUGCCUGCUUCUUCUGAUAUCGACUCUUUGGAGAUAGGUGUUGGUGAGUUGGUGAUGGGUGCAGAGGGAGAGGAAGAGAACAGCGGGUCUAGUGCGGAGGAAACAAUCACGAAGCAUAAGAAGACUGUCAUGCAGCUUGUGGAAGAGUACGUGGAAAAGACAAAGGAGGCAGGGACGUGGACUUGUAAGAACCCCAAGGCUGUUUUGCUGUUGCUUUGUUUCUGGUUGUACUAUAUGGGCGAGCAGGCGGAACAGUUGUUGAUGAUUCAGUAUGCGAGUAAAAGGCUGGGGUGGUCUUUGGGGAAGGCCUCCCUCCUCCCCUCCCUCGGCGCCCUCACCAACCUCCUAACACUCACCCUCCUCCUCCCCUCUUUAUCCACUUUCUUCUCCCACUCCUCGCCAUAUCCCUGGGCAAGAAUGGGCGAAGAAGCCAAAGACGCCCUCCUCUCCCGCACCUUCGCCACCCUCCUCACCCUCGGCUGCCUGUUCAUUUCCCUCCCCAUCUCGAAUUUUGGAUUUCUCGCCUCAGGCGAAGUUCUUUAUUCAGCAGGCGCCGCGCUUUCGGUCCCCUUGCGCAGUCUGAUUACCAACCUCGUGGAUGCUCGCCAUCGCGCGACGCUGUAUACGGUCAUUAGUGUUGUUACGUAUGCGGCUACGUCGGCGGGGAGGCCGGUGGCUGCGGAGUUGUUUGGUGUUGGGUUGAGACUUGGUGAGGGACCGGGAAAGGGGGAUGGGGAUGGGAUGCGGUGGAUGGGAUUGCCGUUUUUGGUGGCGGGGGGGAUGUUUGCUGUUUGUUUGGGGGUGGUGACUUUGGUGGGGUUUGGAAAGAGGAGAGGGGAGAUGAUUCACAUGGGGAGAGAGGAAGAGGAAAGGGUGGAAGGGGAGAGGUAUCGGGACUGA